GGGGAAGUAGCAUUCUGUUGCAACAUGGAGAGCUGGCAGUGUUUGCUGCUGCUGCUGCUGUGCACACUGAGCUUAAAGCUUUCCUCUGGAGACGUGACGAAAAAUGACGAUGACAUCGACCUUGUCAGCUUUCUGAGAAAUAUCUACCCCGGGCUGUUGGUAAGAGACGAGCCGUUAAUCAUCAAUGGAGACUUUCAGAUAAACUCCCUCAAGGACCUGGGACACCCUGAGGACCUCACAAUCACACAGCAACCCAAGGACAAACCAGUCAAUCAGGACACAGACGCGGCUCCUGGACCGGUGGUGUUCACCAAAAAUGGUCAGAUAAGAGGGAUCACAGUGGAUAAGGCCCAUGUAUUCUAUGGCAUACCAUUUGCAGACCCCCCUGUUGGUGCUUAUCGCUGGAAGCCCCCCAGACCCGUGAGUCCGUGGCCAGGAGUUUACAAUGCCUCCUUCCCCAGGGCAGCAUGCAUGCAGCUCUGCACUGGACCUGUCGCUGAGGAGUGUCCUCAUUUAGUCAGCGAGGACUGUCUCUACCUCAACAUCUUCGUACCGCUGGACGUGAACUUCAGCUCCCCGCUGCAGAAGCCCCUGCCUGUCAUGGUGUGGAUCCAUGGUGGGGAUUUCAUCGCAGGUUCUGCUUCCAAGCCGCUGUACGACGGACGCUUCAUCAGUAACUUUACCCGCACUGUUGUUGUAAACGUGGACUACCGACUGGGUGCAUUUGGAUUCCUGGUGUCGGGCAAAGAUCCUCACUCCUCAGCUGCAGGGAAUUAUGGGAUCUUGGACCAGCAAGCGGCUCUUCUUUGGGUCCAGCGGAACAUUGCUGUGUUUGGAGGUGAUCCCAGCAAGGUGACGUUAUUUGGGGAGAGCGCCGGUGCUCAGUCAGUGAGUCUUCACCUGAUGAUCCAGAGCAGUAAGCCUCUGUUUAAACAGGCCAUCCUGCAGAGCCUGCCCUUCUCCAUCCCUCUGAAGACCAGACACGACGCCUUGAAGUUGGGGAAAGACUUUGCUAAACAGACCAACUGCUCUGUGAGCGACAUCGUCUGCCUGCUGUCUCUUGCUCCGCAGGCCGUCCUGGCCGCCCAGAUGAAAACAAGUUCCAGGAUUGUGAACCCAUUCAGGUUUCUGGAAGUUUUUGAGACUUGGGGUCCAUACAUCGAUGGGGAGUUAAUAAAAGAGCAGGCUGUCACUGCCUUUCAGAAGGGCCACUGGCAGAAAGAGAAGCCAGUGCUGUUGGGUACGACCUCAGAGGAGGGGAUGCUUUUUGUAUACGGGGUCUUCAGCAAGCCGGUCUCCGCGGUGGAGUGCACUGUGUACAUCACAGCCAUCUUUAAACAACACUCCCUGCGGAUCCUACACAAAUACCUGCCCCUGUACCGGGACGCUGACCGCAGGAAUAUGCUAGCUCAGAUUGUUACCGACUUUGUCUUCCUGUGUCCGUCCAGGAGGUCAGCGCGAGCCGUCACAGCAGCAGGCAGUGAGGUGUGGAUGUACGUGUUCGACCACGUGACCUCCGACAAGCGCGUCUGGUCAGGCCUCACGUUCUGCUACCAGCACGCCUGCCACGGUGCCGAGCUGCCCUUUGUCUUCGAUUCUGCCUCGGUGGCCAACUUCACCUUGUCACCGCCAGAGAAGCUGCUGUCCAAUCGGAUGCUGUGCUACUGGGGCGCCUUUGCCCACACCGGUGACCCUUCCUCCAGGGCGCAGCAGACGUUCUUCUGCCGGCAGCAGCGUCUGCCCGUUUGGCCACGUUACUCCGACACCAGCGGCUGGCUCUCCAUGAACCUGACGGUGCGCUCUCAUGCACAAGUGGGAACCAGGAACCAUAUAUGCGACUUCUGGGAUCAGCUGGGCAUCUAUUAGUGACGGAACAAGUCGGUGACAAUAUAUGCUGUUCACGUUAUCACAGCCUUUGCAGUCUGAGGUUGUGGUGUUUAUCAGUAUAUUAUAUAUCCAUUAGUAAUAAACAUGACCUUUUAAGAAAUGCUACCAAACAGCAGCUCUUGUAAUUCUCCCUAUAAUGUAAUAUUGUUGGGUCUUGACCUGAUUAUAUGAAGUGUCCUGAGAUGACUGAUGUUGAAGAUUGGUGCUGUAUAAAUAAGACUUCCCCAGCAGCAUGUAAUAAUUCAGAAGGAAAAAGCCACUAGUGCACACCAGUUUGAGGAAAAACAGGACACAGAUUACUGAAAAACUGGAGUUAUUUAGAAGUUUGCACAUCAGUCUACACUUGUAAGAAACACACAGUCACUGCAUGUCGUUAGCGAGCUUGUGGUGAAUACACAAAGGGCAAAUGAAGUCCAGAAUCUAAAUAUGGCCACAUAAAGCAAGACAUGUGCGUCUCAUUACUUCUUAACAAAUGCUUAGAGUGCAGUGACUGUGAGACAUCACUGUGUCGGGCCAGGACCAGACAAACUGGUGGAACUUCUGCUGUCUGCCCGUAAUCAGUUACUAAAAAUAGGUCUGAGUAAAAUUAAACCAACAAUAUGUCAUCCAUGAUUUAUUAUUGAGUAAGAGGUUUCCCUUGUAGUCUUGUUUUUCAUUUUACUCUGGUGUGAAAUCCAGAGCUUAUGUCCUCCAUGAAAUGUUUUUGUCGUGUUAACUUGUGUCUAAAUGCAUGAACUGAAUUUAACCACUAAACCCUACCUUUCAUUUAUUGUAAAUUUACAACAGCAUUGAUACAUAGGGUACUGUAAUUUAGAUUGCUGUCAAGAUGC